CUUACCACUGCCUGUUGGACAUAACCUUAACCUUAACACUACUUGAUGGCCUCAACAUUUAGAUCACCUAAUGAUAACACCCUUCGGGACUGUUCACUAAAUGAACACCUGACUGACUCAACACCUGACUGACUUGACUGCCUGGCUGAUUGACAACCUGAUUGACCGACUGUCUCUCUGCUCACCAUGGCAACUCAUAUGCCCCCUUUCCGAACAGGGCAAAAGAGUGUUGUCAGGAUGACCACUGCGGUUAGUGAGUCUUCAUCCAUUCACAGUGAUGCUCUAUUUGACCUGAGACCUGGUUCUCCUGAUCCAUGGCUGCCCUUGGGUCCAAACCGGGCCAUCUCCCUGGACUCUACAGGUGGUCUGGGUCUGGACCGGGCCAUCUCUCUGGAUUCUACAGGUUAUUUGGAUAUGGACUGGGCCAUCUCGCUGGACACUACAGGUGGUUUGGAUCUGGACCGACCAACAGACUACCUAGAGGAAUGGACAGAUAAAGGUGGGGGUGUUGGGUCAGUAACCCCCCCGGAUGACCAGAGGCCUGGUCAGUUCUUCUCAGACGGGCGAAGGAAGGUGGACUAUGUCCUGGUGUUUCACCACUGCCGACAGACCUCUUUGAAGGGGAGCGCCCACCAUCACCCCCCUCAUCGCCUAAAUGUCAUCUCCAACGGGAGCUUCCCCCCUGCAGACCCUGUUGGUGGUGCUGUUGGGCAGAGGGGGGGGGGUGACAGGGAGGUGUGUGUGGAUCUGGGUGUAGGUGUGGAUAGUGUUGUGGAGGAGGCAUAUUUGGAGGGUGACCCAGCAGAAGGAGAGAAGGUGUUGAUUAGGGAGGAGUUUGAAGCCAGGCUGCUGGAGGCGGGACUGGAGAUGGAGAGAGAUACAGAGAUCAGGGUAUAUGGUCCCAGCUUCACACGGCUCCAUGCCCCAUGGUCAGUCCUAAGCAGGGAAGCAGAGUUCCUUAAGAUUAAAGUCCCCACUAAUAAGAGUUACAGGGUUAGGGAGGAGCGUGGGUUGAGUGGCACACUCAGUGAGUUCUGGAGGAAGAUGAACCAACCGUUCCAGCCCAGCAUCCCCCAGCUGGACCAUAGCACCAAGCACCUCGCACACUGCUUCUCCAGAGACAAACUACACCUGUACAACAUCACAUCUAAAGAUACAUUCUUUGACAAUGCAACACGGAGUCGAAUAGUGUACGAGAUUUUGAGACGCACUGCCUGCACACGCACCUGUCAAACCAUGGGCAUCACCACAUUAAUAGCUAAAGGUGUCUAUGAUUCUGCAUUCCCUCUCCACGAUGGUGACUAUAUGGUCGUGGGUCACUCAGAGGAGAGGAAUGAUAGGCAGUUGCUGCAUGAUGAGUGGGCCAGAUAUGGAGCCUUUUACAAAUAUCAGCCUGUGGACCUCAUCAGGAAGUACUUUGGGGAAAAGAUUGGUCUGUACUUCGCUUGGCUGGGCCUCUACACCCAGCUCUUGAUACCAGCCUCCAUUGUGGGCGUGUUUGUUUUCUGUUAUGGCUGUAAUACUGUGGACACCAACAUACCCAGCCAAGAGAUGUGUGAUGAGCACCAGAACUUCACCAUGUGUCCGCUAUGUGACCGGGCCUGUGACUACUGGCAGCUAUCCAGUGAGUGUGGCACUGCCCGCACGUCACACCUGUUCGACAACCCUGCCACGGUCUUCUUUGCCAUCUUCAUGUCAGUAUGGGUUGCAAUGUUUCUAGAGCAGUGGAAACGCCGUCAGAUCACUCUGAAUCACAGCUGGGACCUGACCGGACUGGAGGAUGAGGAGGAACACCCCAGGCCUAAGUAUCAGACCAUCCUACUGCAAAAGAAACAGAAGAUAAGAAGAAAUGACAAAAAGAAGAAAAAGAAGAUUGAGCCGGUGCAGAGAGGGGAGGACGUGGCAGCAGGGAAAGACAAAUGGAGACAGAGGUUACUGUCUGCCAUGAACACUGGGACAUCGACUGGUGAAGUGAAGCUGACUUGGAGGGACCGUCUGCCUGGAUACCUCAUUAACAUCUCGUCCAUCCUCUUUAUGUUUGGGCUGACUUUCUCACUGGUGUUCGGUAUGAUUGUUUAUCGGAUUGUCUUAUCUACUGUCAUGGCGAUGAGUCCGGACCCCCAGACGAAGUCAAACGUUCGUGUCACUGUCACCGCGACGGCGGUCACCAUCAACCUGGUGGUCAUUCUGAUACUAGACGAGAUCUACGGAGCUGUGGCCGUCUGGCUCACCGAACUGGAGAUUCCAAGAACAGAAAGGGACUUUGAGGAGCGUCUGAUCUUGAAGGCUUUCCUCCUGAAGUUUGUGAAUGCCUAUGCCCCGAUCUUCUAUGUAGCGUUCUUCAAGGGACGGUUUGCAGGCAGGCCAGGAGACUAUGUCUAUGUGUUUAAUGACUACAGGAUGGAAGAGUGUGCUCCAGGAGGCUGUCUUAUAGAAUUGUGCAUCCAGCUCAGUAUCAUCAUGGUGGGGAAGCAGCUCAUCCAGAACAACAUGUUUGAAAUAGGCAUCCCUAAGUUGAAGAAGUUGAUCCGAGCGUUCAAGGACAAAGGGAUCUCCCUGGAGGAGCGCGAGGGCCAGCUGACGAGACAUCCUCAACAGUGGAACCUGGAUUACACUCUGGUCCCAUUUGAUGGCCUGACGCCUGAAUAUAUGGAAAUGAUUAUCCAGUUUGGUUUUGUCUCUCUAUUUGUGGCGUCGUUCCCUCUGGCUCCUCUCUUUGCUCUCAUCAACAAUGUGAUCGAGAUCCGCCUCGAUGCCAAAAAGUUUGUCACUGAGCUGAGACGACCUGACUCUGUCCGUACCAAAGAUAUUGGCAUCUGGUACAACAUCCUAAGUGGAAUGGGAAAGUUCUCCGUCAUUAUAAAUGCGUUUGUCAUCUCGUUCACGUCUGGCUUCAUUCCCCGAAUGGUGUACCAGUACAUGUACAGUCCCACCGGGACCAUGCAUGGCUUCGUAGACCACUCGCUCUCCUAUUUCAACAUCUCUCACUUCCCAUCCGGCACGGCACCCACCUCUAAAGCUCCUAAUAUCACUUUCUGCAGGUAUAGAGACUACAGGGAACCUCCAUGGUCAGCUGAAGCCUACCAGUUCUCUAAAGCCUACUGGGCCGUGCUGGCUGCCAGACUUGCCUUUGUGAUCCUGUUUCAGAACCUGGUAAUGUUUUUAGGUCUGCUGGUUGCCUGGAUGAUCUCAGACGUACCUAAGGACAUAAGUGAGCAGUUGAAGAGGGAGAAGAAAAUGCUGGUGGAUGUGUUUCUUCGGGAGGAGAAGGAGAAGCUCCACCUAGUCCAGACCCUCUUCUCCAAGAACCAUCCCAGCGAGGGCCACCCUGAAACAGCCCGCUUCCGUACUCUACAUCCAGGCCUCACCCAGAGCCUCCGCCAGCCCGAGGAUGGAGAAGGAGGAGGGACAAAAGGGAUCCGCAGGGCAGCCAGUUUCAGCCAGUUCACCAGACAGAUGUCCAUGUCUCCUCGCAAUGACGCUGCCCGACACACUGCUGUCUGAAACAAUACUGUAGCCAUUCAAUAUAAAAAGGUCCAGUACAGUAAGUCACAAUACUGUGGUAGAUGCGUGGUGGCUGAAUACUUUCCAGCUGAUCUCUCACAGACUGUAGAUGUCAGAUAGAUAAUGCCAACACUGAUCUGCAACAACCAAUGGGAUCGAUCAAUGUGCUAUCUUUCAUUCUAAAAUAUUAUCUAGGCGACAGUUUGCUGGAACUAAUUUCUGUCUGAAUUAAUCUGAGAAAGUCUGUUGCAUCAAUUUACAUAUAGCUAUGAAUAAUUGUGCUUCAAAGAGCAGUAUUUCUGAAGAUGGACAAUAGCCAGCAUAAUUGCAUACCUUUGUCCAGUAGUAGCUUUCUAAGGUUAGCUAUGCCAGUCAUUGAAACAUUGCUUCUAACCAACAUGCUACCUAUGAAGUACUUUGGUAGUUAUAAGGCUCCCAACAUUCCCCUUCUGGAUCAGCAGCUGACUGUUGUUACUUAGCUGACUCACAUACAAAGUUCUACGUUACUGAGAUUAAUGGUAUCUACUGAUUUCUGAUCAAAGUCCCUUCCUGGCGCCUGCAUUCUACAACUAUAUGGUCAUUUCUAACAGGCUAAGCAAGCUAAUUUUGUCAGUGAUGGUACUCAAGCUAGCUAGCUAGUUAGCUAUGUAUUUCUAGCUAAGCAGCUGAUAGUCACUGCCCUGGUGAUCAACUUCCAUGCUCAGAAUUUGUGCAGGUGAUAGCCUCUGCUUUGUUUUUUAUUUUCUAAUCAUUUUGAACUAUUAGAUUGUCAACUUUGCUGUAAUAAUGUAGUUUAUAAAGAAUAAUGUAUUUAUUCUCAAGUAAUGUAGUUACUCUAUAGUAAUUUAGUUACUCUGCCUAUUUCAUGUGGAGUCCACGAAUUGGACAGUAAUAUUAGAAAAUAUAAUUAUUUUGUUGAACGGCGGGUGCUCAGGAAUAUGUUUGAAUAUGAGGUCCAUAUCCUACAAGACAGAUAGCUACUGUAGAAACUUCCACACAGGUAAUGAGGCCAUCUGAUGUGAAACCCAAUAUGGAGGCUGAAGACUUCCAGCUGAUUUCUCACACAGUCUCAAAAGGACAAUAAACUCUGAAGCACUGGGAUGUAGAAAUAUGCUGAUAAUGGUUAUUACCAAUGUGUAUGUUUGUUGUUUUUACACUUAUUUUACCAGGUAGAAUUACAUACACUUUGAAGUUCUUUUUUCAGAUAAUGUUCACAUUGACCAGUGUGUGUAUGCCUGGAUUAUGUAUGUAUAAAGUUUAGUAUGAUAAUGUAGCUUUGUAUUCAGGUUUAAGGCAGAUGUCCUGAUAUACAAACUGAUAUAUAUAUAUAUAUGUGUACUAACAGAAUAGUAUGUGUGAAGAUAAUGUAGCAAGUUAUACAGGAUCAAUGCCUUUGUCUGUCCUUAUAAUGUAGCUACAUGUUAAGGUUCGCUGUGUCUGUCCUUAUAAUGUAGCUACAUGUUGAGGUUUGCUGUGUUUGUCCCUAAAAUGUAGCUUCAUAUAGAGGGCCACAAUGUCUGUCCUUAUAGUUUAGCUACAUAUAGAGGUCCACUGUGCAUGUCCCUAUAAUGUAGCUACGUAUUGAGGUCCACUGUAUCUAUUCUAAAAAUGUUGCUACAGAUUAAGAUCCACUGUGUCUGUCCUUAUAAUGUAGCUACAUAUUGAGGUCCACUGUGUCUGUCCUUAUAAUGUAGCUACAUAUUGAGGUCCACUGUGUUUGUCCUUAUAAUGUAUCUACAUAUUGAGGUCCAAUGUGUCUAUCCUUAUAAAAUAGCUACAGAUUAAGGUCCACUGUGGCCAUCCUUGUAGUUACAAAUGAAGGAGCUGUGUUUUUGCAGAUACAGUACAUAAGGUCCAUAAUGGAAAGAAUGUAGUGCUGGAUUCAGGUUCACUGUACUACUUGAUAAUGUAAACAUUGAGGUUUAUAACUGGAUCACUUAUCUACAGACAUGUUUAUAACUGAAUUAUUAUUCUACAUUGAAGUUUAUAACUGGAUCACUACUCUACAUAGAUGUUUAUAAAUUAAUUAUUAUUCUGCAUUGAGGUUUAUAACUAGAUUGUUAAUCUACAUAUUGAGGUUUUUAACUGGAACGCAAAUCUACAUAUUGAGGUUUAGGUCUGGAACAUUAUUCUACAUAUUAAAGUUCAUGGCUAAACAAUUAAUCUUUAUGUUGAGGUUUAUACACAAUCAUGAAUCUACAUAUUGAGGUUUAUAAUUACAUGAAUAAUCAAGAAGAUAAGGUUUACAACUAGUAAUUCAUUUACAUAUUGAGGUUUAUAAUGAACAUUAUUCUACAUAUAAAAAUUUCUAAUUGGAUUAUAAUCUACAUCUUGAGGUUAAUAACUGGGUGAUUAAUCUAAUUAUUGAUGUUCGUCAUUUCAUCAUUGAUCUAAAUAUUGUGGACCAGUGGGUUUCAGCAAUGGCAUCAGUGUUUCUGUGUUGUGGAAGACUCCACCCUUCCCUUCUACGCACCAACCCUCCACCCUUCCCUUCUACGCACCAACCCUCCACCCUUCCCUUCUACCCACCAACCAUCCACCCUUCCCUUCUACGCACCAACCCUCCACCCUUCCCUUCUACGCACCAACCCUCCACCCUUCCCUUCUACGCACCAACCCUCCACCCUUCCCUUCUACCCACCAACCAUCCACCCUUCCCUUCUACCCACCAACCAUCCACCCUUCCCUUCUACGCACCAACCCUCCACCCUUCCCUUCUACGCACCAACCCUCCACCCUUCCCUUCUACGCACCAACCAUCCACCCUUCCCUUCUACGCACCAACCCUCCACCCUUCCCUUCUACGCACCAACCCUCCACCCUUCCCUUCUACGCACCAACCCUCCACCCUUCCCUUCUACGCACCAACCAUCCACCCUUUCCUUCUACGCACCAACCAUCCACCCUUUCCUUCUACGCACCAACCAUCCACCCUUCCUUUCUACGCACCAACCCUCCACCCUUCCCUUCUACGCGCCAACCCUCCAGCCUUCCCUUCUACACAUUAUCCUUCCACCCUUCCCUUCUACGCACCAACCCUCCACCCUUCCCUUCUACACAUUAUCCCUCCACCCUUCCCCUCUGUACACAAAACCUUCCUCUCUACGCACCAACUGUCCACACAGAGAGAGUCAUAUACAGAGACAGUCAUAAUAUGUCAUUUAAGUAUCUAAAGUAGAGGUUUUAAAUGUCAAUGUACUUUAAGUUCUAUAUAAACUCUGCUGUGCUUGGACUGAUGCCUAUUCUGUCAUUAGGAUCUGUCGUUGUUUUUUUUUACGUUUAAUAACACGUGUGUGUGUGUGUGUGUGUGUGUGUGUGUGUGUGCGCGUGCGCGCACCUACAUACGUGUAGGCGUGUUUGUGUUCGUCUGUGUGUGUUUACUUGUGUGGAUGAAGGGCAGGUGGACGAGUUGAAUAAAGACAACAGAAAAAUCCA